UCGCAGAGCGAUCGCACCACAAUUCGGAUUUAACCAUGAAAAACGGAACUAGCAAAAUGUGUGCGUUGGUGUUGUUGGUACUGUUCUGGGUUUCAACUAGCAGCGCAACAGAAUCCGAUGUUCAGGAACAGAGCGAGAGAUCCGGUCGCUCAUGGCACCAAUCUCUUUUCGGGCCACAGAUGUUGAUGCAGCACCAGCAGAACCAGCCGUCUGUGUCCACCAGUCAGCCCGACGGACCCAAUCAGCAGCCGAACCAGCAACCACCGCAAACACCUGACCUGAAUGUACCCAAUCGAAAUUUCGAAGAACACGAAAAAAGUGCUCUACCAGCCGCUUCUGAACAGGAUUUCAUGUCAAGGCACUUUGGAUACCUCAACGUUCACCGAUUCGAUCCUAAUUUCCCUUACUAUGACAGCAGAAAUUCUUUUCCCAGAUAUCCUUCGCCCCACGCUCCUCGAUUUGGUCCUGGCUACCGAAAGGACAAAUAUGGGCACGGAUAUGGUUACAGCUGCAAGCAAGGAGACGAUUGCGAAGAGGUGAAGGCAGCCAACCAGCUGGCAGCCAGAAACCCAGCCCCUGCCCCCUCACCCUACAGUCCUCAUCCAUUUCAUCACAAUCCCAUGACACCUUUUGGAAAUCAGUUCCCAGAUUUAGCACCCUUCCCCAGCAUGCCUUCAUUUCCAAACAUGAAUUCAUUUGCUGGGGCUUAUGGAAAUCAAUUCGGUGCACCACCACCUGCAAGAUUCAGUGACCCUCAUCCGCAACCACCACCACCUCCUCCUAUACACCAAUCUCUGUUACCUCCAAGGUACUACCAUGGAAGAUACCUCCACGACCAAGAAGACAAGGCAAAAGAAUCUGUUUCUAAUCCAUCCCCAAAGGAGAGUAAAUCGAGUAGCAAGUAAUUUCAGCGUGGCGAGAUUGAUAUCAGGAAAAUCUAUAAAAAAUACUGAUUAUAAGUGAACUUUUUAUUUGUACCUCAAGAACUGACAAUGAAUUUCUUUGGAAUCUAUCUCUUGAUAAGCCAUUAUAUUGCUUUUCAAUAAACAUUGGACCACGUUCUAAGCGCAUGUCAUCCUAAAUAAUUGCUGCAGGUUUGCUGUUUUGGGAUACAGCUGGAUUUAGAUAAAGGAUGGAUCCCAGAUCAUUGCUUUAUUUAUGUCAAACUUCAACCAGUUUUAUCGUCUUUCCUACUGACAAAUGAAAUCAUCUGGAAUUUUGAUCCCAAGAACGAAAUACAAUUAUAAGAGAUAUGAAUGAGAAAAGUCUCAUCCUGAUGAUGAGAGAGAAAAAAUGCCCUUACUCACUUUCUUAUGAGAAGGGCGUGAGUAAAGAAUGAAAUGAAAGUUCUUAAGCAGAUAUUAAUAUUUGAAAGCAAUAUUUCUAAUUUUUGAGACCCUAUUUAGUUGUUGUAGAGGAACAUAAUGAUGACAUUUAAAUAUAUCAUACAGUAUUUCGUUCUUUUUAUGGUAUUAGAAUAGCAUAGUACCUUUCUUUCUUUUGUUUUGUUGGCGUGUACAUUUCAUAAAUCACAGGGGUGUGCUACUUGAAUAAGUUUGGUUAAUGAAUAUUUUUUUGUGUGUGUGUUUUGUUUUGCACUGAUGUUGAGAUUGAUAUCUUCCAUGGCAGAGCUGAGUGGACUCAGUCUCCCUUUGUAAUGAAUAUGAUGUUUUAAUGAUUAAAUUUAAAGAAGAAUUCUUGUAAAUCUGUUAAAUGUCACAGUUAUUGUAUAAGUAAUGAACAAAUAAAAAAUUAUUUUUUCUGUUU